UUGAAUUUUAGUCACAUGCGUUCGUGUUGUGUACUUCGUGUAUAUAUAUUUAUUAUUUGAUUGCAUAUUAUUUUAUACGUUUGUUUUUUUAUUGAAUAUAAUGUCGUUUUUCAUUCGUAAAAAUGUUUCGAAACGCAAAAAACCGCCGGUGCGCAUCACUAACAACAACAUUAAGAAAAAAAAGACUCAAAAUCAAGCCGACGACGAGAUUUCGUCCGAUUCCAGCGAGUCAGACCACGAUGACCAACAACCAUACUCGUCCGAAUCGGAUGGUGAAAAGUAUAUUACAGCGAGUGAGAAAAAAGUUCAACUCGCCAAAAAGUUUUUGAGUGAGAUUGAGGAGGAAGAGCGUCGGCGUUUAGAGGAUGAAGACGAUGAUCAACAAUUGAACAAAAAUGUUCUAAAACGUUUAAAAGACGACGUCCUCGAUCAGAAAGGGCAAUUAAAAACAAAAUUGGCUGACAGUUUGUCGACUUCAACUGACAUUGUUGAGUUGCGAAACAGAAACCACGUCAAGGCUAUUACUUGCACUGUUAUAUCAUCUAAUGAUAAGUAUGCAUAUUCCUGUUCAAAAGAUUCUUCCAUAAUACAAUGGGACUUAGAAACCUGUAAAGUACACAAAUCUCUGAGUUAUAAUCGCAAAAAACCUCAAUAUAAUCCUACACACCACAAUUAUCCAGUCUUAUCUCUUGCCGUUUCAGAUAAUUAUUUAGCGUCUGGAGACAAUUCAGGUCUUAUUGUGGUCCGAAAUCCAAUCACAUUAGACUAUAUUGGAUCGUUGACAGGCCACAAAGAUGGUGUUACUGGUUUGAAAAUUUGUAAUGAAUCAAACCAACUGUUCAGUUGCUCAAAAGAUAAAAGUGUCAAAGUUUGGAAUCUUGUUGAUAUGUGUUAUGUAGAAACACUUUUUGGCCAUCAGAAUGAAGUUACCAACAUGGACAUGUUACAAAAGGAUCGUUUAGUUACAGCUGGAGGCUUGGAGAAUAUUGUUAGAGUAUGGAAGAUACAGGAUGAAACACAGUUGAUAUUCAAUGGUACAGGUGGUUCAAUAGAUACUGUUCAAAAAAUUGAUAGUGCCCAUUUUGUCACUGGUAGCGAUAAUGGAAGCGUCAGUAUUUGGGGAACAUUGAAAAAAAAACCGUUGUGUAAUGUUGAAAACGCACAUGGAAUUAACAAUACUAAUGGUCAACCCAACUGGGUAUCUGCAGUUGGAGCUUUAGAGAAUUCAGACCUGGUAGUGUCUGGAAGCAACAAUGGAAUUAUCAAGUUUUGGAGGUGUUCAAAUAACUUUAAGUCAUUAUUACCAUUAUUCAAUGUUCCUAUCAAAGGUUUUAUAAAUGGACUAGUAUUCACUAAUGAUGGUAGUCGAUUGAUUGUGGUUACUGGCAAUGAACAUAGAUUUGGCAGAUGGCACAAUGUAACUGGUGUCAAAAACAGCUUGUAUGUAAUUAAAUUAAACUUUAUUAAAAAAUAAAUUAUACAUGUCAUAACUUGUUAUUUUAAUUCUAAAAUAUACAAUUUUAUAAAACUUUUUUCUUA